GACAGAGGACGUAGACAGAACGCUGCAGCUGUCGAGACUGAGUGAAGGGACGACCAGCGGGUGGAGAGAGAGAUGGGGAUAGACAGAGAGAGAGAGAGAGAGAGAGAGAGAAAUGGGUGUUUUUCCACGGAGCUGAGAGAGCGAGAGCGCCGCGGAGACAGAGAGAUGUGACGGCUCCUGGAGUCACGGUGGAAUGAUCCGGAAAACAAGGUUUCUAGCCAUCCCUCCACGUCUCCAGCUAAACCCCAAAGCUCCUUUUCUGCACCUCCCUCCAAGGUCAUCAAUGAACAACUAAUUCAAUGUGGGAGAACAAACACGAUCACACUGGGUAGAGUGUAGCGAGGGCCUGUGACACACCUUGGAAAUCUUCCUGGAAAGUGAGGGAUGAAAGAAACAGGAAGGACAAAACUCAAGGUGUGUGAAACAAUGAAACAAUAGAAGAGAAAGCCAGAGAGCCAGAUGACUAAAUAUGAAGCGAAGAGACAGGGCUGUAUGAGCGAGGGUGAAGGGGAAAAAAGGAGAGAGGGAGCAACAGAAGGAAGGAGGAGAGGAGGGGAGGUGAUGAUCGCCGCCGACUCCACGAUUCUCACCCUCGACUGAAGUGCUCAACAUACAGACAGAGGUUGAAUACAACCAUGAGGAAAUCAUAUCAAAAUGCCGUAAAUAGGAUUUCAAAGUGGAUUCUUGGAUUCUUUUUCAGACUGAAGUCUCUAUUUCGCAAUAUUGUGCCGGGAUUGAACGAGUAAUUCUGGAUUUUCCAGGUUUUCUUCAUGUAUAAAAGCCUAAGAGGAUACGGUGGGAUUGGAAUUUCUGCAACCCUCUGGUUUUCUGACACUGACCUACAUCCACCUCCUUCUGAUGUGUGUGGGGGCGCGUGUGUGUGGAGAGGAGUAGGACAGGUUUAAGCACAAACACACAAAUCCCUCCCCUCCCUCCUCCCCACCGGCCCAGCAUACAAGAAGAAACACCUGGGACGAGAUCUGCGCUGAACACACACACAUGCACACACAUGUAUAUAUAAAUCUGGAUAAUAUGUGGAGCUGAUUCGGAUUAUAGAGCCGCACAGACAGAAAAGGUCUGUGGAUAGCCAGGCGAUCUACCAUGCCUGUCGCCUCACCCCUCAGUCCACGCAAACAAAAACACCUGCCCCACACACACCUCCACCACAAUCAAAGGGCAGAACCUUCCACCUUCCCCUCUCUUUUCCCUCAAUCCAUCCUCUCUCUCUCUCUUCUGCCCCCUCUCCUCAUCUCAUUUUUACCCACCUCAUCCUACCUCAUCCACUGUGCCUGCCCCAGGGCUGUGAAAAGAACCCUACCCAACUCUGUCCCUUUCCCAACAUUUCACUGGCUGACUCUGGUCACAUGCUGCCUGCUGCCUUCUUUGAUCGGAGCAGGGGAGACGUGGGGUGUGGUCUCCGCCUGUCCCUUCCACUGUGUGUGUCGAAACCUUUCUGAAUCGCUCAGCACUCUCUGUGCCGACAAGGGCCUCCUGUUUGUACCGCCGCAUGUUGACCGGCGCACCGUUGAGCUGCGACUGGCUGACAACUUCAUCACGGAAGUGGGUGGGAGUGACUUUGUCAACAUGACUGGCUUGGUUGAUUUGACUCUGUCGAGGAACACCAUCCACAUAAUUCACCCAAUGGCCUUUGCAGACCUGGAGAGUCUGCGCUCACUGCACCUGGAUGGUAAUCGUUUGACAACGCUUGGACCAAGGGACCUCGCAGGCUUGGUCAAUCUACAACAUCUCAUUGUCAACAACAACCAGUUGGUUAAAGUCUCUGCCCAGGCCUUUGACGACUUCUUGCUCACACUAGAAGACCUUGACUUGUCCUACAAUAACCUCAGGAGGAUACCAUGGGAGUCUAUUCAGAACAUGGCCAGUCUGCACACUUUGAACCUAGAUCACAACCUGAUAGACCACAUAGCUGAAGGAGUCUUCGGUGAGCUGUAUAAGCUUGCAAGGCUGGAUAUGACCUCCAACAGGCUCCGAACCCUGCCGCCUGAUCCCCUCUUUGCAAGGUCCCAGACAGGUGCAAUAAGUCCCACCCCCUACAACGCCGUCAUAAGCCUAAAUUUUGGAGGGAACCCACUGCACUGCAAUUGCGAACUGCUAUGGUUACGACGUCUUAUCCGUGGAGACGAUAUGGAGACGUGCGCCACACCUGCUCACCUGGCUGGAAGAUAUUUCUGGUCAAUUCCAGAGGAGGAGUUUACUUGCGAACCACCUCUUAUCACUCGUCACACCCACAAGCUGUGGGUAUUGGAGGGUCAGAGAGCCACAUUGAAGUGCCGUGCCAUUGGCGACCCUGAGCCAGUAGUCCACUGGGUUUCACCAGAUGAUCGCAUCAUUGCGAAUUCAUCCCGGACCAGCUCCUUCAGCAAUGGGACCUUGGAUAUCUUAGUAACAGUGGCCCGGGAUGAUGGGGCAUACACAUGCAUUGCAAUAAAUGCAGCAGGUGAAGCAACUGCCAUGGUUGACCUGAAAAUAAUACCCUUGCCUCACCGGGGUGGUGCAGGCGGAAACACAGGGAAUAACAAUGUGAACGCUAAGAACAACAGGAACGUGACCAAUGGGAUUUUACGGACUGACCCGGGCUCCUCAGAUAUCAGCACAGGGAAAAAUGGAGGGAUUAACAAUGGUGUAGGACGUGGAGGCGAGGUAGAAGAUGGGAAAAGAAGUGGAGGGGAUGAUGAUGUGGGUGGCAGCGUCGUGGCCCCUGAAGGAGAGAGGACUGAUGGAGGGAGCAUAGAAGAUGACGAGGGGGAUGAGGACGAGGGGAGGAUGGUUGGAGUACAAGGAGUUACAUCAACAUCGGCUCAGGUCCGAUGGGAUUUGGGGCGACUGUCUGCAGCUUAUGUUGUCUGGAUGUAUCAGAUACAGUACAACUGCACCGCUGAUGAUACCCUCAUCUACAGAAUUCUGCCAUCGACCAGUGACCGUUUCCUGUUGAAGAACCUGGUUUCUGGUGUGGACUAUAACCUGUGCGUGCUAGCCAUUUUUGAUGACACCAUCACAUCAUUAGCGGCAACAAAAGUCCUGGGCUGUACUACGUUCUCCACCAAGGAUGUUUACCCUGCAUGCCACUCUCUCCAGGCCCACUUCCUGGGUGGGACACUCACCAUACUGGUUGGUGGUAUUGUUGUAGUCACCCUACUCGUGUUCACUGUGGCCCUCAUGGUUCGCCACCGUGUUUGCAAUCAUGGCGACCACAUAAUGUGUCACAACAGCAACACUGAGGCAGGAGGUGGGGCCUGCUGUCAGAGCGGAGGCGUAGGGAGCAGCGACAAAGGGGUAAAUGGUAGCGGUUGCUACCAAUCAAAUGGUUCUGGGGACAUGAUGAUGGUGGUCCUGCCCAAUGGUCUGCCUUCCAAGAAUGGAGGGGAGAAGGACAAGGAGAAGGACAAGGAAAAGGGAGCUGCUGAUUCUGCUUGCUCUCUGCCUCCAAAACCACCCCCAAAGCCCAGGCCCAAACCUAAAGUCAGCUUGGAGAAGUUCCUGUCAGCUGGGGGGUUAGUUUCAACAACAGGGGCAGGUGGUGAGAUGGCAUUGGUGGUGAGACAAAGGAAGCUGGAGAAGGCACCGCCAUACACCCCUGAAAGUGACAGAACUCCCCUCUAUUACUCCCCUUCCCCUCCAUCCACCCUGCCCAGUCAGUCACACUCCAGGGAUCGCCCAAAACCCCGUCUAGAGAGAGAACUGACCAAUCGUGCCAGUUUCUCUCUGGCUGCACCCCUGAGAGACUCAGAGCUGUUGGAUUGGAGAAUCACUCCUCGAGGCAGGGACAAAUGGAACUCUUCACAGGCUUAUCAGAGCCCAGUAUCCCCUCUAGGUCCUGCCUGUGGGACCAUUAGCAAACGGCGACACUCGCUGGAUAUGGGCUCCUCUGUCGCUUUCGCAACUGAUGCUGCGGCCACUGUUGCCAAACGCUAUGGUGCUGUCAGUUAUGCCAAGCGGCUGAGUGUGAUCUGGACACGGCGAAGCCAGUCACUUCAUGGAAUGCUGGUACAAUGCGCUUCAACGACAAGUACGGCAUCUUCAACAACCAGCGAAGAGGGUGAAAAUGGCGGGGGCUUUGGAGCACGUUGCGAGUUCCAAAGGGGAUACAUCCAUGCUUAUAACACCACCAACUCUAACUCUAACACUGGGAUUACUAUCGGGAAAGCGAGCAGUGUAAAAGACAGGGGGAGGGAGAAAGGGAAGGACGGAAGGAGUGCUGAAGAACUGGAGGAAAGCAUUGUGUAGGGGGCAGUGGAACGGAAUAAAAAUGUUAAAGGGCAGUUUGAAUGGGAUCUUGAUUAUGAGGAAGGCAACGUGAUGGGAGUCAGGAGAGAAAUUGAGAGGGUAGAAGGAAGAUGAAGUGACUGCAGAUGAAGGAAAGGCUGUCAGUUCAGAGGG